AUGCGGAAUUCAACGUUGGAAGUAGAGGAUGGGCGUUCGGUAUUGUCAACUUCUAGUUUAGGAAGCCAUUCUACUGAAACUGUAAAGAACUCUACUAACACUUUACAAACUCAACUUCGAAAUCGAAAGUAAUUUUUAUUAUUUUCAGAUUUAUUUUGUAUUUAGGUUUACUGCUGCUUUGGGACGUGUUGGGUAUGCUAAAGAAGCAAGAGAUGCGGUUGCAAAGUUGAUCAACAGGGUAAAUAUAUGAGUUAUAUUAUCUAAAACCUAUUAUGACUUGAAUAUGUUAUACACUAAGUUAAGGCAACUUCCAGUAAACGUUUUUGAUUAAGAAAAAAAAUAUUUUUUUGUAAAGAGUAAUGAAAGUUUUAGAGAGCUCCCCCAUUGGCACCACCGUUGGAUUUUGAAGGAUUUGUUACUGAAUUUAAUGCGGAACUUGAAACAGACACUUUAAGAGACCUUGUUAUUUUUCCCCGGGAUGAUAUUAUGGUAAGUUUGUUUGUCGCAUUAUUUUUAAAAAUUUAAAUGGUAAUUUGUAAUGUUUUAGCUCUACAAACCGUGUAACUACGAAUUGUCUGAGGUACAACGUGUGGCGAACUACUAUAAAGAAGUUACUGAUUGGGGAAUUGUUAAAGAGGCUUUACAACAUUUCUCAAAUCCGUGUAGCGUAAUCAAGUUCAAUUACGAAGGAUUUUUUGGUGAUUGUGAAAAGUAAUUUUUUGUUUAAAACACAUUUUUUGUUAGAGUUGAGCUGCAAAAAUCUACAUGUGCACAACAAUUUUUUACCUUUAAACUUGAAUGAUUGAUUAUGUAGAUGAUGCUACUUAACAGGGUGGCAAUAUUUUCUGCAAAAGAAACAGUAUCUAAACUUACCGUAAUUUCACUUUGGUCACUGUGUCUUCGGAGCUUAGUGAGCUAGAAAGAUGGGAUAUUCAUUAUAAUGUAGGCUAUUGCAAAAUAAUUAAGGAAGUUUUAUUUAAUCUACGUGUAAAUGCUCAACCAUAAGAAAUGGUUGCGUUUAAAGACAAUUUUAAAGAAGCAGAUUGUACUUUUUCAAUAAUUUUAUUUGAAAAAAAAUGUGCACAGGGUUGUUUGGUCCACACGCAAAAUGUGUUCAUUUCGUAACCUCAAAGAAUGUAACUGAUUUUUAAUAAACAGAGUUUAAUUCAGUUUUAAACUGUUAGUUUUAAAAGUUACCUUUUAAAAUUUUAGGUAUCUUGCGAAUUCAGGCUUGGAAGAAUUGACGUUUGAAAGUGAAGAUCUAAUCGAAUUGUUCAAAGAACAGGAAAAAUCUCCAAUUGGCACUCUGCGCGAGGGAUUUUUAAUGUUAGAGAUCAAAGGAGAAAAUUUACCAAAAAUUUUGAAAGGUCGAAAACGACGAUACUGUGUGUUAAAACGUACUGUGGAUGAAGCUGUCGUUUUUGAAAUUUCAAAACAAAAGGAUAACGCUAAAACACAGUUUCAAGUUAAUUCAGCUCAUUUGAAGACGUUUAACAAGCAACGAACGAAGGUUCUGGAACUUAUAUUAAAGGACGGUACUGGUCAAAUUUUGGCUUUUCCCCCUCACGUAGAUUUUGAAAUGACGUCUUGGUUCCAAGAUGUCGAUCUUGCGUUAAAAAGUAAGUUUCACAUUUUGUAAAAGGUUUAGCCGGUUUAGAUUUAUGCUAGAUCCUGUACUAAACAAUUGGAUGGUAAAAAAUUUGCUGUAUUCCAGUUUAGGUAGUGAAUUAUUUUAGGUGUAACGUGCGAAGAUUGUGAAGACAAAGCUACUGAACCAAGCUUAAGCGAAGCAAUCAACGAAAGCGUUAAAAGUUCUAGUAGUUCAGGAGGUACGUUUGCUGACAAAGAGUUGUUUAAAGGCAUUUUGUUCGAAAUUGCUCAUUUAAUUAUAAAAAAUUAUUUUUUUACCUGACAUUCUUUGGAGAGAUACCACUAUAUUUUGAAAACAUUUCAGAUCACAUAAGCCGCGCUAGUCUGCGUCAAAAAAACUCAAUAGAAGCUCUGCUUCGUCCACCGACUGUUAAGAGAAAAAAUUUGUUUAGUUUGUACGAAAACGUCGAACCGCUUUCUCGGCCGUGCGGUGAAAAUUCGGCUAUACUUGAUGAUUCAGAUGACGAGUACAAAUUGUGUAUGGCGGAUCCAACUUUUAACAAUAAUACUAACGAUGUGAUUAAUUGUCAUACUAUUCAACGGAGGCGGUGCAGCGUCGACAUUAGGGUUAACCGAUGCAAUAUGAAAAUUAAAACGGAUGAACAGUACGAACAAAUUGAGACAUUUUACGUCAACGUGUUUCUUUUUGAUGUUGAAAACGGCACUAGGAUUACAAACGAGCUGUCGUUUACAGUUUUAAAUGAACAUAACGAAACAUUGGCUAAGAACUCGAGAAAUGUUUUUGUACACGACAAGUUGGAUUGGGAGGUAUGGUGUUUAAUAUAGUUUAAAUGUUUGAAAUUCUUAAAUUUAAGUUUGAUAUAUUGUUUUCCAGGGAACUUUACAAACAUCGGUUUUACCAUCUUCUGCUUAUGUUGUUGUCAAGAUCGAACGUUUACUGUCCGGUGUGUCAUCAGAUUUAUACUUCAAACACUCUGUGGAUCGAAAGACAUUGACAAAGAAUGAAAAACUGCUGGCGAAUGCGGUCCAAAAACUUCAUAAGUGUCGUGUUUUGUUAGGAUGGUCAGCAACUCCGGUCAAUUCGAAAGACAACACAUUGCCGGUUUACAAACAUGAGCAAAGCUUAAGUGACGCGGAUUUAAAAAAGCUGCUUGGAGACGUACAAAAGUGAGUUUUAAAUAUGGGGAAGAUAUGCUAUAUGCUGAUUGACAUUGGGGAAAGUUACAAAUGUGGAAACGGCAAAUCGGGGAAAACGACAUAAGAGGAAACUAUUAGUAUUAAAAAAUUUCUACAAACAAAAACAACAAAGAAAUUUAAAAACGUACAUUCCCUCAAUAUUUAUGUAUAGAUAUGAUAGCUAGCUGUGAAUUUAAUGCAGGUCUGGAAAGGCUUGUAGAACUUGGAUCGACUAGUCCGAGUCUUUGCCCAAGAAGCUUUUUGGUACGUUGAGUCUUAACGGGUUGAACUAUAAAGUGGAAACAAAUGACAGUACUUACUAAUAACCGUAACCGUUCGAACGGGGGUUUUUUUUAGACCUAGCAAACGCAUAAUUGAGGCUCGUAUUUCACUGAAAUUUAAAAAAAAUUAAGAUUUCUUUAAAUAACAACUUGGAAUUACGGUAGGCCUACUGGGUAAAAUUUUAAUUAUUUAUAUAAACUUGCUUUAUACGAUAAUCGAAUAUUUUAUGUAUUAUCAAAAAAUGUUUUGUUAACUUACGCAUUUAUUGCAAAACUUAUGAAUGGCGACAUCCCACAAACUGCAACCCAAUGCAAAUUGAUCACGGCUGCAAACAGUUUUUGAUCCUGCGCAGAAUUUUGGUAGUUCCAUAUAUACAUGUUUCCCACGGUAUUAACGAAAGAGAAAACGUUUUGAAUUAAAAUUCGCUGUUCUUUAUUUUUAAUUUUUUUGCUUUUUACGUAUUUGUAGCGCUGUAAAGUUUUAAGGCAUAAAAAGGAAUAGUCACGGAUGAUAUAAAAAAGCCAAGUAAGAAAAAUUUAUAAUUUUACACUUGUAUAAAAAACUCGAAUUAAUACUUACUUUAAAAACAACUGAUAACACUAUUACGCAGCUUAUAAUAAACGCCAUUAUUAGUUCUAAAUACUGACUUUUAUACAAAAAGUCGUAAAGGUUGGAGUCUUCGUUAGUGUAUGUUAUCCACGAUAGCUCUGAUGUAACGAAUAUUAAGUUAUGUUGACAUGAAUAGAAUAAAUAUGCUGUCCAAGCGCCGAGACCCCAACACAUAAUUAUUGUUAACUAGAUUCAAAAUAUUAAGUAAACCACGAAACAAGUAGAAAAAGAUUAAAAAAUCGCUAUUUUUAAUGAAAAAGCUAAGUUGUGGUUUACUUACGUUGGUAUAUUUGUGCCGAACCUCAGUUUUUGAAAAGGUCAAAAUAUAUGCGCGAUCUAUAGAUAACAGUAAAUAUAAAAAUAUCAUAGUAUUCCAGCUGAAAUAUAGAAUAUUUCCCAAAAUCUGAAAAAAAUGUAGUUAGACUUAAAAAAUGGAUGUAUAUAUUUUUGAGUCUCACUUAACUCACCAAAUUUACAGAUUCCGAAAAACUUGAAUCUACUAAAAGCGAAAGCCCAGAGAGAAAAUGAGGUAUAAGUUGAAAUAAAUCGGCCAAGUUUUGUGAUAUCAUUAUUCUGUAGGCGGCUAUAUCCCGGUGUAGCUUGCUUUUGACCAUAGCCUGUAAAGUAACAAACUUUUUUUUCUAUAUUUUUUAAACAAAAAAAUAGUAUAAUUUUGCAUAAAGUUGUCGUAUUGAUGAAUGUUGCGCAGGGUUUUUUUAGACUUACCGUUACUGUUGUUAACAAAAGUAUUAUACAAAUAAAACUAAGCAAAGUUAUUGCAAAACCAAAUAUAAUCGUAUACCUGUCGUACAUUAUUAAAAGUUGCUAUACUUCUUAUAGUAGGGUGAGCACGUUUUGAUUAUUAAUAAUCAAUUUAGGACUUUAUUUCACCUGUUUUGGUGAAAUAAAGUCCUAAAUGUUAAUUAAGAAAAAUUUGUAUCAGCAUAAAUUUUUCUAUAUAAUUAUACUGUCUGACAGCGUGUCAUUUCAUGAUAAUUUUAAGUAAACAAUACAUAAUUCAUAUUUACUUUGUUAAGACACUGCUAAAACAUAGUUUAUACUAGGUAAAAAGAAAACUUUGGUUUUUGUAAGCUAACAGUGAAGGUACCCAACCUGCAUAACUCAGAAUUAGGUUCAAAAUUUUUAUAUGAAUUGUUUGCAGCACCAAUUUUAAAGUUUUUUCUUAGUUUAACAACGUAUUCAUUAUACAUUCAAAAGAUACGAAGAGUAUAAAUUAUACAAUGGGGUUCUAAAUUUUUCUAUUUUUGGUUGAUGGCAAUUAAAAUCAGAUAUAGAAUUGAACCAUAGCUGAAUAACAAAAAAAACACCAGUUCAUAUUAGAUUUAUUGGCAAAAAAUAACAUAAAUAAUUUUACGAUUUGUACAAAUAAUGUAUCCUUUGCUUACAAUUAGUUACAUUGAAAUUGUGCUUAUAUUUUAAACUGAAUGGGCGUUUUGUAGUCAUCAACAAUUGAAAUUUGAAUUGGGAAGCGUACUUUGUUCAAUAUCAACUUAUUCGGUUCUUCCGCUUUCUUUGCACAUAUUAAUUUUAAUAAAUAAGAUUGUACUUCACUAAAAUAUUCAAAACAUUUUUAGAACAGAACUAUAUCAUAAAAUAUUUUUUUUAUUUGUGAACAUCACUCUUACUCGAUAACGGAAACACACUUACUCAAUCAUGCAAAAGAACAAUGCAUACACAAUGCAUAUACUAAACAUAAUUAAACUUUUUUCCAAAUUAAAGGUGGCAAAAAAGUCGAUGCAGAACUGCGACAGUAUAAAUAGUGAAGAAAAAGCUAUAGCAAACCGCAGUAGAGUUGGAUUAGAAGCCUAAAUUCAUAUUAGAAUAAAACAUUUAUUGACGAAUUGUACCUUUUGUCGCAUUUCGUCAAACAAAAAGAAUUGUACCACAAUCAGUCCAGAAAUAAAAAAGUAUUUUACCAAAAAAAACGAAGUGGCUAGGUAGUCAAAAUGUAAAGUCGCUCUUGAUGUGGAUAUUUCGUAGACGUAUGAUAUUAAAAUGCAUAUAAUACCGUAUAACCACGGAGCAAGUAUAGUAAAAUUAUUAUGUGUUCUUUUUGUUGGAAACCCGGCUAUUAAACUUAUUGAGAAUGUCAGCAUUUGUAGCAAUGUUGUGUUGACAAGGCCAGUGUUUAGUGAGGCAAACACCUACAAAAAUUUGUAAGAGAAAACAUAAUACUUGGGAAAUUUGUCUAUUAAACGGUAAAUUAUUUUAGGCUGACAUUUUCAAUAAUUAAGUUUAAUUACUUUAUAACUGUAGUAACAGUGAUUACGUGUGAUGCCAAACAAACCGGCAUGUUGGAGAACAAAACAAUGUAGAAUAAUUACUAACGUGAUGUUUAGUAAAUGAAUUCUUAUUGCCACUUUUUCUGUUAAAAAAGAUCGACGAAGACUCUAAAAUAUUGACAUGAUUGGUAUUCAUGAAAAUUUUUUUUGAUAUAUCUCAAUGAAACUAUGUCUUAUUAUAAUAAAUAAAAUUUACUUACCAUAAUACACAAAACGAGCAUGGGCAUUAAAAUAAAUCCUUGACUAAAUAAUACCCACUCCCAAGCUGUUUUACUUAUAAAUGUAGUGUAAUUAAGUUCCAUUUUUAGGCUUCAAAAAGCUGGAAAGUUGGUGCCAAUUCCUAACGCUCAAAUUUGUUUAAAGACGGUUGCAAAACAAGAAGUUGUUGAUCUGCCACGUAAGAAUAAACGAGCUAUUAUAUAUAAUAUGAUCUAUUUUUUAAUAUUUUAAACAGUUAAAAGCAAAGCAGUACACUAUUUAUGAUUUUAGUUAAAAGUUUGGAUCGGUUAGUUGCCAGCGACUUUUAUACACAUGCGAUGGACCGCCUCAACUUUGAUGCUUUUGGAGACACAGAUGGCCAUCGGUCAUGCAAAAACCAACUGUUUGUUUAUCCAACAAGCUUGAAUUUUGGAUCCCAGAAAAGUUUUUCGCGCGCCAGAAAUUUGCUUUGCACAGUUAGCUUUGUCCGACAAACAAAUCAACCGCAUUUGGUGGAUUUGAACAGCUGCCAAUUGGUACACGAACAGUAUUGCACAGUGCUGUAUCACGAACAAAAUCCUAACUGGGACAAUGAAAUUAAAGUGGAACUACCUGUCGAUUUAAAUGAAAAUGAUCAUUUAUUGUUUGAGUUUUCGCACAUCUCACUGUCUGUAGCACAAAAAGUAGCUGGAGAGGUAAGGAUGAAACUGGGUAACACUAGAUCCUGAUAAAGGACUUUACUUUAUAUGUUUUGGCUAGGUUUACAUAGUUUGAUGACUUUGAAAAAGAAAAACGAUGUUUUUUUGUUUUGCGCAACCACGUCCUAUUUGUAAAAUUUUUUAAAUAUAUUCUGUUAUUUGUAGACGAUGGAGCAAAAGGUUGGCGUCGCUUGGCUUUCACUUGUUAAGCCUGAUAAAAGCCUGGUUAUGAAAAGCGAUUUGGAAGAGUUUGAGUUACCGGUUGCGGUGUCGGUUCCACAAAACUACUAUGUACAAGAAAAUGGAUCUCCAAACAGAAAGGUAAUAUGAAUUAGUUUAAUUUUUUGAAUUCUUUGUAGCUUUAAAAAAUUAAUUAAAUAAAUGUUUUUAGUUCCUCACUAUACUAUUAUUUUAGGCAUCAGAUGCGACUAUAAAGUACGUGGACAAUGGCAAACCUUUAUUUAAAGUAAAGCUGCGUCUUCGUUCAACUCUUUAUUCAUCUAUAGCAGUCGUCAAUAAGUUUUUUGAACAGUGUCUGUCGCAGAACUCUGUUUUCACUGUAAAGUCGGAGAUUUUACAUCAAGUGGCGUUUGAACAUCUACAGCCACACCUUUUCGUAAUACUGAACUCAAUGCUACAACUUUUUACAAAAUCAUCAGAUCUUAUGUUUGCAACAAUUUUAAAAAAUUUGGUGGGUAUAUUACAAAAAUGCACUGAAAAUCAACAAAAAGUUUAUCUUCGGGAGUUUAUCCGCUUUCAUUUAGCCGUUGGUGGCGAAUUUGAUGUUAAUUGCCGAGCGUUGUACGAAGGACUGCUAGAAGCCAUUGGAAUACUAGUGAGUUUCAUAUUUUUUAUAAUUCCAAAAAUUUACCAUAUUUUAGCUAUCCUCGGAUUUAACAGAACAAUCUUUGAUAGUCAAUACACUAUCAAAUUUGUGGUUUUUGCUUGAUGUUACGAUAAAGUCCAUGACACAAACAAUUUUAACGAAUGGAUCUCACAAGUACAGUCGACGACGUCGUUUUUCUCAACUUACACUUGAAGCCAUCGACACUACUUUUGUUAUCGUAUCUCACCAGAUUCUGAACAACCAUCAAAAAUUUCCGUCUGAGACUACUGCCGGUAAUAUUGGAUUGGCAUAUUUUGCAAAACACUGCUUGAAUAUUGUGGACCGAGGUUUCAUAUAUAACAGUAUACUUGAGAUUGUGAAGAAGUACGACACGAAUGACAUCGGACUGCCUAGGCAUUACAAGCUUAAUUUUAUGCAAAUAAUUGUAAGCCACGAGCAUUGGAUUUCGCUUAAUUUGCCAAUGUUAUUUGAUUCGAACAAUAAGCCUUUGUUGGGCUUGGCAGGAACUAAGAUUGAAGAUCACUCACAAGAUGGUAAUCUGGUUGUUCUAAUUGAUUUUUUAUAGUUUACUGUAAUUUUUUGAGCUACACACGGCACCCUGAACCAAUAGAUAACCAACCAUUUUAAUUGUAAAAACAUUUUUAUGAACACACAACAGCUAAAAAAGUAUUAUACGGUCAAAUUGACUAAAUCAACAUUUUUGACUGUGUAAUAAUUUGAUAGUUGUUGCUGAAAUCAAUAGUUUUUGCUGCAUUUCGGACAAAAUAAUAGUAUAAGAAGUUUCAUAAUAUCGAACGAAAAAGCGACCGCAAAAUAAAAAAAACAGCGAAAAAUGAAAUGAAAAAAAAAUGUCGGAAAAGGGAUCGGUAACGAUAGUCUAUUUUGUUUCGCGUUCGGUUCAGCGUGCCGUGCUACGUACUUUUUAUAUUAUAAUUUACGGGAUUAAUUUUUUUACUAACUACUUAAAAACAAUUGAAAGGCUCGAGUGUGUUUAAUUCUAAUUAUUUACUAAACAGGUUGUGUUAAUAACAUUUUUUAGCUCUUCGAGUGGCUAAAACUUCGUUGAGGGCAACUAAUAUUUUGUCUCGACUGUUUUUUCAAUUUUUACCGUCUCCUCUAACGCCACAGAUUCAAGCGAAGAAAAGUGUGUUAACAUUGGUUUGAUAACGAUAGUUUUUAUUAUAUUGUGUAUUUAUUGUUACAAAAACAUCUUUUUAACUACAUUUGCAAGAAACAAAAUCUUUUUAGCCGCUUUGAAUCACGAACAUUUCAAACUUGGUCUGACGUUUUGCUCGACUCAUUUCUUGGUAGGCCUAUUGCUACAAGAAUUUUCAUCAGCGCUGCGUGAAAGCCGUCAGUACCGGAAAUUGGUGGUUGCCAUGGUCAGAAAUUUGUUUGUCAAACACAGUGUAGAUUUGAGAUACGACGGGGCUGUAAGUUUUUUUGGAAUGUAAAACUAUACGUAUAUUUUUUUUUAUUUUUAGUUUGCAAACUUUGAUUUCAAAUUAUUUGCGAUACUCUAAAUUAGUUUUUAGGCUGCUCAAAGCCGCAUUGCUAUCUUAUACGCUCCAUUUAUUCAAAUCAUUAUGGAAAAUAUUAAUGAAUUUGAUUUCUUCCGACGAGUCGAAGAAAAUGGAAAAAUUAAUGAAAGAAAAGAUAGCGUAAAAUUCGACUACGCUCAGUCGACAGCACGUUCAAUACUAAGUAAAGAUUACAGUUUGAAUGGCACAGCCCGAGUUAACAGAAACGGAAGCACGCUUGGUCACGGGGUAUGUUCUUCAAAUGGUACUGCUGGAGCUCAGAAUUCGAGUAACAUGGAGCACAAAAAUUCCCAGUUUACAGAGAAACUGGAACCAAAUGAAGCUAAAGAUCUGAUGCUAUGUGCCUUGUACUUACUAAAACAUUUGCCCAAACAAGUUACAGUAGCACUGGCGUUUAAUCGCGUAGAUAGUGAUAAUGAAAAUGAGUUCCUGCCGCUGAUAAGUUUAUUGCAAAUGGCACUGGAGCUGUUUAGAUGCAACAGUCAACUGAAAUUGGUUGGUACGAAUUACGCGAACGUUCACGUUAAAAAUCCUACAUUCCCUACAAAAGAUCAAAAGAGUUUGAGUGGGAAACAACUUAAAAAGGCGUUUAUUCAAGAAAGUCAUUUGAGUCAAGAGGUAGCGCUGAUAGUGUUGAAUGUUAGUCAUUACUUAGCUGAGCAUAUCGCGGUAAGUUAAAUUUUCAUUAAAAAGUACUAAAUGUUUUAAAAAAUGUAAUACACAUUUGAAAAUGAUCAACGAUUUUUAAAAAAUUUUUGGUUUAAAUAUAGAAAAUUCUAUAUACUGAAAAUUUAGAGCUGCUGGAACGGUACACGACUUGGCCUUCAGCAAGAAAGUCAAGCAUUCUUGGGUUUGAUUGAGUUGAAGUUAGAACUAAUAGGAGAUCAGUGGCCGGAAACUGUUCGGCUAAACGCAUUAAAUUCGCUGGGGAUGUUUAUAGAACUUUUUUCGACUCAAUUAUCAUCUGUCGACAACAACGAAGCUUUGCCUAAGCUUUGUCAACGGUUGUUAUUGCUUCUUAAUAGCCGUUUAGAAAAAGUUCAAUGUUCGUCUGCUGCUAUAUUACACUUACUUAUUCGACAAGGAUUUAAUGCUACUUUUGAGGAUUACGGUAAGCUUUGUUUAAGACGUAGCGUUAUUAUUAAGUGUGGCAAUUGAUAUUUUGUUUUGUAGCUAAAAAAGUUGAUAAACAACCCAACACUGUGCGGUUACCGAACGAAGGUCGUGCAUCGGCGGAUUGGCUUGGAAAUGCAGGCAUCCAAAUCACAAUAGCAUUGGCUUAUUUAUUGGGACAGAAUGAAUUGUCGGCAGAUUGCCCACGUUUUGAAAAUGGAAUACAUUUUUUUGAAUGUCUGACGGCAAAUCAGUUUGAUCAAAAGCUGGAAUUGUUCAAAAAUUCGGCUCAAGACUUAGCAACACAGUUAAGGGACAUAUUGAAGGCUACAAUGAGCAUCACCGAAGCGAGAAAUGAUCCGGUAAAAAAUACUAAUUGAUAUUUUGUUGUAUGAACAUGGCGAAAACUGAAAUAUGAUUCAAGUUUAUUUUAAAUUCUCUGUAAUGGGUUUUAUAACUGUAAUAAAAUAGUUUUUACAUUACACUAUACUGAGUUUUAGAUAAAAUUGGCCGAGCUUCACGUAAAGCUUGCGGACAGUUAUAGAGGAUCUCCAGCUUUGCGAGCCGCGUGGUUUGACACAUUGUCACAGAUCCAUUCGUCAGAGGGUUGGUUUUCGGAAGCUGCAAUAUGUCAAGCACAUUGUGUUGCUAUCAUUGGUAAACAACUAAAAGCUCGACAAGGGAUUGAAAUUAACUUUGAUCUUCUAUCAUGUUUAAAUACUCAGUUACUGGAUGAUGAAAAGGUGUUUGAAGUAGAAUUGCCGGUUUGGCACGGCGGUAAUUUUACAGUGGUAAGUUUAAAAAAGUUACCUUUUUUAAAUGUUUAAUCUGCUAAAACCUUUUGGUAUUAAUUACUUUGUAUAUUAAAAUAAUUAUGAACAAUGAUAAUUUAAAAUAUUUUGCGUAAUUUUAAUUUUUUUAGGAUGCCCUGACGUCAAAAGUUGAAGAAACAGUGAAAUUAUUAAUACAAGCUGAAAGAUACGAAGCUGUCGGUCCAAUUUACCGUAUUUCUAUACCACUGUUUGAAGCUACUUUUAACAAUAAAGCUCUAACAUCAGUCUAUGCAGAUCUUCAUCAAGCCUACUCAAGAGCAACUGAAAUUCAAACGAGUAAAAAACGUCAUUUGGGAGCUUAUUUUAGAGUGAUAUUACAUUCAAAAGUGCAUUUUGGUGAGGAAGAAAAAUCAAGUUGGAUAUACAGAGAGCCUGCUUUACGAAGUUUGGCCGAAGAAAGCGAAAAAAUGGUACAAUUGUAUAGGAAGAUAUUAAAGUAAGUUAUUUUUAAUUGUUGACUUUUCGCGGAGUUAUGGUUUUAUUAAAAGAUGGUUUCAUUUAUUUUAAGUUUAUGCUUAGUUUUUAACAUUUUAGAACUGAAAACGUGCGUUUUUUGGCCGAAACUGAAUUGGAACCUUCCACUGUACUUGAUCCUUCAAUAGCUUACAUUCAAUUAACUCACGUUGAGCCGUUGUUGGGUGAACAAACCGACGAUAUUGAGUUUUCCAUUCAUUUAAAGCAACUUGAAGCGCCUGACGUUAAUUACACCGCUCAUACAAAUAUCAAAAGAUUUUAUUUUGAAAAACCAUUACUCCUACCAGUGAAUGAAGAUUCGAAUGAAAAGAUACCGGAGCAGGCACGAUUGGCUUUAAAAAGGGUGUUUUUAACAAGUACGUGCAAUUUUGGCUCGCCCAUACCUAUGGACGAUUGUUUUUAGUAGUAUUGAAAAGCGCUACAAGAAAGUUUUUGUUGUAAAAAAAGCCUCAAUCUGGUUAAUAUUUUUGAUUCUCGCGGACGUCUAAUAAUUUUUUUAUAAACACUGCUGUGAAAAGUUAAAAAAAUUAUUAACAGAACUUAAGCAGAUAUAAAGUGAUAUUAAAGAUAUUGAUAAAGAACUUUUUAUAGCUUAUGGAACCUUUCCCAACACCCGCCGACGUUUACGUAUUGUAAAGAUGUCCGAAGAAAUUUUGAAUCCGCUAGAGUUGGCGUGCGAAAAUUUGAGGAAAAAAGCGGCUCAAAUUCAGUUGGUUUUAAAGUCUGCCAGUAUAGCUGAUAACGGACCUAUCGAACGAUCAAAGCUGAACGCUUUAGAUUUAAAGGGUCUUCAGUGUUUGUUGCAGGGUUCGGUUAGCCCCACAGUUAAUGUUGGAGUUUUGGCAUACGCUGAAGCUUUUACUGCUGAUUCACAACGAUCAAAAUAUGGAGUUGAUGGAUUGGAAAAACUAAAACAGUCGUUUAAGUACGUUUUAAAUUUAAUUGUUUUGAUUUUGUUUUUCUCUACUACAAUUUUUUAGCUUAUUUAAAUGUUUUUGUUUAUAGAGCUUAUAUAAUACCUGAUUCUAACUGAAUUACAAAAAUAAUUAAGUUGGUAUCUAACACGAAUAUUGUUACACGAAAGUUUUAAUCUUUUAGGGUGUUUAUGGCACAAUUGGCACGCGCAUUAGCAGUAAACGAAUUGGCUGUCAGCGGUGAUCAAGCUGAAUAUCAAGUAAUGUUGAAGAAUUCUUUUGACGGAAUGUUGGAACGGUUGUGUACUUUCUUUGACGGCGAAAAUGUAGGUUUAUUAUUUAAGAUUACAAGUGUCGAAAUUUUUUAAGUGUGCAUUAUACGUAUUUUUUGCGCGCCCUGACAUUCCGGCCCAAAUUGGUAAAGAUAUUGAAGAAAAUUUUAACAAUAUGCCUAUGUUUUAGUUCUUCUCUGAAAACCUUAACAACCUCUCGACAAAAAAUACAAAUCAUGUGGUAGAAAAAAAUGCCCCACCCAAUAAUAAUUACAUAUUGGAUUCAAUCAGUGGAAUACCACGUUUGUAA